CAAAAUAUCAACUGAGGAUCUACCCACGGAAAACGGUUCCCAAGUAGCGGCUUUCGAGCGAUAUGCCAGGACAUAAAGUGAUGUAUUGGCCAUUUGACAGGAUUUCCCUGCAGAAGGAUUUACUCCACCAGUGUUUGAUCUGUCGAUUAUAAUAUUGUUCAGUCGACACAUGUUGCACCGGUGCCGUGCACAAUCCCGCAUUCAUACUUCCAGCGGCCUUUUGCAUCCCACAUCCCUUCAGGAUCCUGUCUUUAGAUUAACAAGAUCUAAAACUCUGUUUUCUGGCCAGUAUUUGUGUGUUUAUGAGCCGUGGUCCAUCUCGGCAAAGUGAUGGAGCCAAACAUGGAGUACAUAGUGGCACAGGUCACGCAGAAGGAGGUUGGACGUCGCUUCCAAGUGGGGCCGGAAAUCAUAGACUACAUCCUGGACAGACAGGAGUCACAUGACCUGGAGCACGAUCAGAGCAUGCUGGACAGGAUGGUGGACAGUCUGGCAACCUCAUGGGUCAAUGCGAGCAAUUUCAAGGUGGCGCUGCUGGGUAUGGACAUAGUAUCUGCUUUAGUGACCAGACUACAGGAACGCUUCAAAACACAAAUAGGAACAGUUCUGCCCAGUUUAAUUGAUCGUUUAGGCGAUUCUAAGGACCAGGUUCGAGAUCAAGCGCAGUCACUUCUAUUAAAAAUCAUGGACCAAGCGGCCAAUCCGCAGUAUGUUUGGGACCGAAUGCUGGCCGGAUUCAGACAUAAAAACAACCGGACCAGAGAAGCUGUUUGCUUUUGCCUUAUUGCCACUCUUAAUGUAUCCGGAGCUCACGGUUUAACCCUUAGCAAGAUAGUUCCUCAUAUUUGUCAUCUGUUAGGAGACCCAGCGAGUCAGGUUCGUGACGGUGCAAUGAACUGUCUGGUGGAGAUUUACAGACACGUCGGGGAGAGAGUGAGGGUGGAUCUGGGGAAGAAGGGGCUGCCGCAGUCACGAUUGAAUGUGAUUUUCAGCAGGUUUGAUGAAGUCCAGCGGUCUGGGAACAUGAUCCUGUCCUCAGAUAAGAACAUGGAUGAUGAGGAUUCUGUGGAUGGAGGUCGUUCCUCGUCAUCGGUGCGGCGGACGGGAUCCCUGCGCAGACCGAGCUCCGCAUCCAGCACCAAGAGCUCAGGUAAGGAGAGCUCUGCUGCCGGUGCUGUUGAUGAAGAAGACUUCAUCCGUGCCUUUGAAGAUGUGCCCGCCGUACAGAUUUACUCGGCUCGAGAGCUCGAGGACUCCAUGAACAAGAUCCGAGAAACUCUGUCCGAUGACAAACACGAUUGGGAACAGCGAGUAGCUGCACUGAAGAAGGUUCGUUCUCUGCUGUUGGCCGGCGCAAGCAAAUACGAUGGUUUUUUGCAGCAGUUACGGCAGCUGGAGGGGCCGCUCAAACUCUCGGCUAAAGAUCUGCGCUCGCAGGUGGUGCGCGAGGCCUGUAUCACACUCGGGCAUCUGUCAUCUGUGUUGGGUAAUAAAUUUGAUCACGGAGCCGAGAACAUCAUGCCAACGUUACUGAACCUCGUCCCCAACAGCGCUAAAGUUAUGGCCACGUCUGGAAUGGCGGCGAUUCGUCUCAUUAUACGGCACACUCACUAUCCACGUCUGAUUCCCAUCAUGACCAGCAACUGCACGUCUAAAUCAGUGGUCGUCAGACGACGCUGUUAUGAGUUUUUAGAUCUUCUGCUUCAGGAGUGGCAGAAGAAUUCUCUGGAGAGGCACAUCGCUGUCCUGAUGGAAACCAUUAAGAAAGGAGUUAAUGAUGCCGACUCUGAGGCCAGAUCAGUCGCUAGGAAAUGUUACUGGGGUUUCCACGCCCACUUCAGUAAGGAGGCGGAGCAUCUGUUUCAGGCGCUGGAACUGACCUAUCAGAAAGCGCUGCAGUCUCACCUGAAGAGCUCCGACAGCAUCAUGUCUCUGCCGCAGUCCGAUCACUCGUCCUCCAGCUCGCAGGAGAGCCUCAAUCGGCUGCUGUCUGCUAAAACACCUGUCGGGAGCAACUUGAGCAAAACUAAAGUGGUGAGUUCUCGCGCAUCCUCUUCGUCCGGCUCUCUCCAGCGAUCGCACAGCGAUGUGGACGUUAACGCCGUGGCCAGUGCCAAAUCACGAAUGCCUGCUGUUGCUGCUACCGCCCCCUUCAGCUCAGCCGCGGCACUGCCGCCCGGUUCCUACGCCUCUCUGGAUGCGGCUGGUAAUGUGGAGGCUAAAGUGGUGAGUUCUCGCGCAUCCUCUUCGUCCGGCUCUCUCCAGCGAUCGCACAGCGAUGUGGACGUUAACGCCGUGGCCAGUGCCAAAUCACGAAUGCCUGCUGUUGCUGCUACCGCCCCCUUCAGCUCAGCCGCGGCACUGCCGCCCGGUUCCUACGCCUCUCUGGAUGCGGCUGGUAAUGUGGAGGGUCGUGUGCGAACAAGACGACAGAGUUCAGAGAUGGCAGCUGGGGGCGGAGCUUCUGUGACUGACAGUAGGGGGCGGAGCCGAGCCAAAGCUGUGUCCCAAUCACAACGAUCCAGAUCAGCUAAUCCGGUGGUGGGUAAAACUCACGCGGGCAGCCGCUCUAGUUCACCCGGGAAGCUCUUGGCGCGCUCUUCCAUGAGAAUCCCUCGAUCCGCCGGAUCCGCUGGAGCGCCGUUGGACAAACGCAGUAAGAUCCCGUGCAAUCAAGGCUGCAGCCGAGAGACGAGUCCCAGCCGUGCACGAAACGUGCGGGCCAGUCGUAUCCCGCGCCCCAGCAUGAGUCAGGGCUGUAGUCGUGACACCAGUCGGGAGAGCAGCAGAGACACCAGUCCGGCUCGAGGGUUCAGUCUGCUGGCAUCCCACAGACACUCUCGCUCCACCAGCGCGCUGACGGCCGGCGAUGUCCUGCAGACAGAUCGGUUCGGUCUCAUCCAUCAGGCAAUGCGGAUCUUGAACACGGGCACAGAGGUGGAGGCGGCCGUGGCAGACGCUCUGCUUUUAGGAGACUCCAGGAAUAAGCGGAGGCCGAUGCGGCGGCGGUACGAAUCUCCCGGCAUGUACUCGGAUGACGACGCAAACAGCGACGCAUCCAGCGCCUGCUCCGAACGCUCCUUCAGCUCCCGUAACAGCGCUGCUCCACAUUACCUGCGUCAGACGGAGGACGUGGCCGAGAUCCUGAACCACUGCGCCAGCUCCAACUGCUCCGAGAGGAAAGAAGGGCUGCUGGGACUCCAGAACCUCCUGAAGAGCCAAAGAGUGCUCAGUCGUGUGGAGCUGAAGAGACUGUGUGAGAUCUUCACCCGGAUGUUUGCAGAUCCUCACAGCAAGAAUGUGCUUAGCAUGUUCCUGGAGACGCUGGUGGACUUCAUCAUGUUGCACCGAGAGGAUCUUCAGGACUGGCUCUUCAUUCUGCUCACGCAGCUGCUGAAGAAAAUGGGGGCCGAUCUUCUGGGCUCUGUUCAGGCCAAAGUUCAGCGGGCCCUCGACGUCACCAGGGACUCUUUUCCGUACGAUCAGCAGUUCAACAUCCUGAUGCGGUUUAUCGUGGAUCAGACUCAGACCCCAAACCUCAAGGUGAAGGUGGCCAUCCUGAAGUACAUCGAGUCUUUGGCCAGACAGAUGGAUCCGUCAGACUUCGUGAACUCCAGCGAGACACGGUUAGCCGUCUCUCGAAUCAUCACGUGGACCACAGAGCCGAAGAGCUCAGACGUCAGGAAGACGCUUCAUAUCUGGCUGAAUGAGGAGGCGUCGGGCAGGAGCUCCACUGUGGCCUCCCUGCCGGGGGAAAGUAACCUGGAGGAGAGAUGUAAGCAGGUAUCUCAGGCGUCUCCCAGCGGCAGCAGCAUUGUGGGACGCACCCCUCCACGACACCCGGUGACCCGCAGCAGCCCGCUGACCUCACCCACUAACGGCUCACACGGGGGACUGUCACCCAGUCGUUUGUUUGGCCGGAGCUCAAAGCCUUCUUCUAACCUCCCUCCUCCCCACCCCGGCCCUGCCACCCCCCCUCUCUGGACCUACCGGAGGGCGUAUUCGCCCAGUAUGCUGGAGUGCAACACCGAGAACAUGAACUCAGAGGAGAUCUUCAGCUCGUUGAGAGGUGUAACCGAAGCCAUCCAGAGCUUCAGUUUCCGCAGUCAGGAAGACAUACUCGAGCCCAUCAAACAUGACGGCAAGAGGGAAGAUACGACCGGUGUGGAUCCUCGUCUGUCCGCUGGUGUGAUGGAGGGAGGCCGGACAGCGCUGGACAACAAGACGUCAUUAUUAAACACACCGUCCCCUCGAUCGUGGGCUCGCGAAUACAACCCAUACAACUACAGCGACUCCAUCAGCGCCUACGAGAAAGGAGCUCUCGCCGUGUUUGACGACGUGGAGCACAUCCGAGACGAUCAUCCACAGGACUGCGGAGAAAACAAAAUCAUGCAUUCGAAAGGUUUUUCUGCAGGACCCAGGCAGCACCUGGAGAUGAUUGGUGAUCUGCUGAAGGAGCUGUCCAAUCACAGCGAGCGUGUGGAGGAGAGGCGGGCCGCUCUGCUGGAGCUGCUGAAGGUCACGCGUGACGACAGUCUGGCUGUGUGGGAGGAGCAUUUCAAAACCAUGCUGCUGCUGCUGCUGGAGACGCUGGGAGACAGAGACCACACCAUCCGAGCGCUGGCUCUGCGCGUCCUGAAAGAGAUCAUGCGCAGUCAACCGGCGCGCUUCAAGAACUACGCAGAACUCACCAUCAUGAAAACCCUGGAGGCCCAUAAAGACUGCCACAAAGAGGUGGUGCGGGCGGCAGAAGAAACGGCGUCCACGCUGGCCGGAUCCAUCCACUCGGAGCAGUGCAUCAAAGUCCUGUGUCCCAUCAUCCAGACGGCCGACUAUCCCAUCAACCUCGCCGCCAUUAAAAUGCAGACCAAAGUAAUCGAGCGCAUUCCCCAGGAUUCCCUGAUUCAGCUCCUGCCCGACAUCAUCCCGGGACUCUUACAGGGUUAUGAUAACACAGAGAGCAGCGUACGCAAGGCCAGUGUGUUUUGUUUGGUGGCCAUUUAUUCUGUCAUCGGUGAAGAUCUGAAGCCUCAUCUACAGCAGCUGACCGGCAGCAAGAUGAAGCUGCUGAAUCUGUACAUCAAGCGAGCUCAAACCACCAACAGCAACAGCAGCAGCUCUUCAGACGUCUCGUCUCACAGCUGAAUCACUCCUCCAUGCGUCCUCAAGCGCUCUCCUGUGAUUUUGCACAUUUGCGAGUAGAUCUCUAGCUGCGCGUGCGCAUUCGCUUCAUUAAAGGGCACGUGAUUCAUUGAACAGGUGCAAACACUUACACCAUUCAACCAGAGCCCGCCGAGGUUUGUGAUCAGCUGCGUUUGUCCAACAUGCUGCGUGUGUGUAUGUGUGUGUGUGUGUGCAGCAGUCGUGCCUCUGUGUGUAAGAGAAACUGUUUUUAUUGCUCUUUUACCGUUGCUGUGGCGUUUAUCGUCCUCAUAUUCAAAGCACAUGUAAUGUUCUGUCCGAUCGGCCAAUCAGGAGUCGUCUUGCCUCUCAUUGGUGAAUGUAACGCCUAUUUUUACAUCUUUAACGCUGCUGCCUCAAGUUCUCUAGGAUGCUCUUUUAGUGACGAGAAUCAUUUUUGGCCAUUUAAGAAUAUGCAAGAAGCGAGAUUGUAUUUGUACAGUAUUUGUUUUAUUUCCGGCCAACAGGCGAAGAGCUUUUGACUGUAAGAACGAUGAAUAUUAGCGCAAAUUUAGUUCAAAAUCUCACAUUCCAGCGCUGAAGAACCAUGAUUAUUUCAACACUAACAUGGAGAUUUAUGAUAAAUGUGUCUCCUUUUUUUAUUUAAGGACCACAUUGAUGGGUUUUUGUGUACAAAAUAUACAAUUUGAUAAUCUGAGAAAUAAAUAAUUCAGUGAGAAAGUAUUAGAAUCUUCCUCAGAAAUGAUCCAAAACAAAACUGAAUCAUUACAUUAAAGAUUCACUUACACACACACACUAGAUGUAUGAUACAAAUCAACGUAAAAGCGGAAUUCUAAACUUUUUAAAGCGAUAAUUGUAACUAAAAAUAAUCCAAAUUGGAUUUUUACUAGUUAAUUGCUGUUUUAACCCAGUUGUUGUGCUUUAGGAAGGUUUGCGCCUGUUUGUGCCGUUUAAAGUGCUCUGUUAGUCUUUUUGUACCCGGUUUUAAAUCUUGGUGC